AGAGGCUGGGGGGGGGGGGGGGAGGUCAAGCGUAGCCUCUUCUCCUUUACCAAGAUGGCGGCUUGUCCCUGUUUCGCCACAGUUCCUACCUUAUGAGCUUGGUUUCCUUACGCUGGUAAGAGUGGAACAGCAAAAACUGGCAGGCUGACAGAGGCGGCCCCAGGAAGGACUCUCUGGCUACUGACCACUUUGCUGUGGCUCAUCCGGAUUGUGCGUAGGCGCGAGAUCAACCAUGAGCUCCGUUGCAGUUUUGACCCAAGAGAGCUUUGCUGAACACCGAAGUGGGCUGGUUCCGCAACAGAUCAAAGUUGCUACUUUAAAUUCAGAAGAGGAGAGCGACCCUCCAACCUACAAAGAUGCCUUUCCUCCACUCCCGGAGAAAUCAGCUUGCUUGGAAAAUGCCCAGGAGCCUGCUGGCGCCUGGAGUAACAAGAUCCGGCCCAUCAAAGCUUCUGUCAUCACUCAGGUGUUCCAUGUACCCCUGGAAGAGAGAAAAUACAAGGACAUGAACCAGUUUGGAGAAGGUGAACAAGCAAAAAUCUGCUUGGAGAUCAUGCAGAGGACCGGUGCCCAUCUGGAGCUGUCUCUCGCCAAAGACCAAGGCCUCUCCAUCAUGGUGUCAGGGAAGCUGGACGCCGUCAUGAAAGCCCGGAAGGACAUUGUCGCUAGACUGCAGACUCAGGCCUCAGCAACUGUAGCCAUUCCCAAAGAACACCACCGCUUUGUUAUUGGCAAAAAUGGAGAGAAACUGCAAGACUUGGAGCUCAAAACUGCAACCAAAAUCCAGAUCCCACGCCCAGAUGACGCCAGCAAUCAGAUCAGGAUCACCGGUACCAAAGAAGGCAUUGAGAAAGCUCGCCAUGAAGUCCUGCUCAUCUCUGCUGAGCAGGACAAACGUGCUGUCGAGAGGCUGGAAGUGGAGAAGGCGUUCCACCCCUUCAUCGCCGGGCCUUAUAACCGACUCGUUGGCGAGAUCAUGCAGGAGACAGGGACGCGCAUCAACAUCCCCCCACCCAGUGUCAACCGGACAGAAAUCGUCUUCACAGGAGAGAAGGAGCAGUUGGCUCAGGCUGUGGCUCGCAUCAAGAAGAUUUACGAGGAGAAGAAAAAGAAGACCACAACCAUCGCUGUGGAGGUGAAGAAAUCCCAGCACAAGUAUGUCAUCGGGCCGAAGGGCAAUUCCUUACAGGAGAUCCUGGAAAGAACAGGAGUUUCUGUGGAGAUCCCACCGUCAGACAGCAUCUCGGAGACUGUGAUACUUCGAGGCGAGCCUGAAAAGCUAGGGCAGGCACUGACUGAAGUCUAUGCCAAGGCCAACAGUUUUACUGUGUCGUCUGUCUCUGCUCCUUCCUGGCUUCACCGGUUCAUCAUCGGCAAGAAAGGGCAGAAUCUGGCCAAAAUCACUCAGCAGAUGCCCAAGGUGCACAUCGAGUUCACAGAGGGUGAGGACAAGAUCACCCUGGAAGGCCCCACAGAGGAUGUAAACGUGGCCCAGGAACAGAUCGAAGCCAUGGUCAAAGACUUGAUUAACCGGAUGGACUACGUGGAGAUCAACGUGGACCACAAAUUCCACAGACACCUCAUCGGGAAGAGCGGGGCCAAUAUAAACAGAAUCAAAGACCAGUAUAAGGUGUCCGUACGCAUCCCUCCUGACAGUGAGAAGAGCAACCUGAUUCGCAUCGAGGGGGACCCACAGGGUGUGCAGCAGGCCAAGCGGGAGCUGCUGGAGCUCGCCUCUCGGAUGGAAAACGAGCGCACCAAGGAUCUGAUUAUUGAGCAGAGAUUCCAUCGCACAAUCAUUGGGCAGAAGGGUGAACGGAUCCGUGAAAUUCGUGACAAAUUCCCAGAGGUUAUCAUCAACUUUCCAGACCCAGCACAAAAAAGUGAUAUUGUUCAACUCAGAGGGCCCAAGAACGAGGUGGAAAAAUGCACAAAAUACAUGCAGAAGAUGGUGGCAGAUCUGGUGGAAAAUAGCUAUUCAAUUUCUGUUCCGAUCUUCAAACAAUUUCACAAGAACAUCAUUGGGAAAGGAGGCGCAAACAUUAAAAAGAUUCGGGAAGAAAGCAACACUAAGAUCGACCUUCCAGCAGAGAACAGCAAUUCAGAGACCAUUGUCAUCACAGGCAAGCGAGCCAACUGUGAGGCCGCCCGGAGCCGCAUCCUGUCCAUCCAGAAAGACCUGGCCAACAUAGCCGAGCUGGAGGUCUCGAUUCCUGCCAAGCUGCACAACUCCCUCAUCGGCACAAAGGGCCGCUUGAUCCGCUCCAUCAUGGAGGAGUGUGGCGGGGUGCACAUUCACUUCCCGGUGGAGGGCUCGGGAAGUGACACUGUUGUCAUCAGGGGCCCUGCUUCGGAUGUGGAGAAGGCCAAGAAGCAGCUCCUGCACCUGGCCGAGGAGAAGCAAACCAAGAGUUUCACCGUUGACAUCCGUGCUAAGCCAGAAUACCACAAGUUCCUCAUUGGCAAAGGGGGCGGCAAAAUCCGCAAGGUGCGUGACAACACUGGAGCCCGCAUCAUAUUCCCAACGGCUGAGGACAAGGAUCAGGACCUGAUCACCAUCAUCGGGAAGGAGGACGCUGUCAGGGAGGCUCAGAAGGAGCUGGAGGCCCUCAUCCAGAACCUGGAUAACGUGGUGGAAGACUGCAUGCUGGUGGAUCCCAAGCACCACCGCCAUUUUGUCAUCCGAAGGGGCCAGGUCUUGCGGGAGAUUGCUGAAGAGUAUGGUGGGGUGAUGGUUAGCUUCCCACGCUCUGGCACACAGAGUGAUAAGGUCACCCUCAAGGGUGCCAAGGACUGUGUGGAGGCGGCCAAGAAGCGCAUUCAGGAGAUCAUUGAGGACCUGGAAGCCCAAGUGACCAUAGAAUGUGCCAUACCCCAGAAGUUCCAUCGAUCUGUCAUGGGCCCCAAAGGUUCCAGAAUCCAGCAGAUUACUCGGGACUAUAAUGUUCAGAUUAAGUUCCCAGACAGAGAGGAGAACCCAGUUCACAGUGUAGAGCCGUCAGUCCAGGAGAACGGGGACGAUGCCGGAGACGGGAGGGACGCCAAAGAGGCCGACCCUGGCUCCCCCAGGAGGUGUGACAUCAUCAUCAUCUCUGGCCGGAAAGAAAAGUGUGAGGCCGCCAAGGAAGCCCUCGAGGCACUGGUUCCUGUCACCAUCGAAGUGGAGGUGCCCUUUGACCUUCACCGGUACAUCAUUGGGCAGAAGGGGAGCGGGAUCCGGAAGAUGAUGGAUGAGUUUGAGGUGAACAUCCACGUGCCGGCGCCGGAACUGCAGUCCGACAUCAUCGCCAUCACUGGCCUUGCCGUGAAUUUGGAUCGGGCCAAGGCUGGCUUGCUGGAGCGCGUGAAGGAGCUGCAGGCUGAGCAGGAGGACCGGGCUUUAAGGAGCUUUAAGCUGAGCGUCACUGUGGACCCUAAAUACCAUCCCAAAAUUAUUGGGAGGAAGGGGGCAGUGAUUACACAAAUCCGCUUGGAACAUGAUGUGAACAUUCAGUUUCCAGAUAAGGACGAUGGGAGCCAGCCCCAGGACCAAAUUACCAUCACAGGGUAUGAAAAGAAUACAGAAGCUGCCCGGGACGCCAUAUUGAAAAUUGUGGGUGAACUUGAACAGAUGGUUUCUGAGGAUGUCCCAUUGGACCACCGUGUUCACGCCCGCAUCAUUGGCGCCCGUGGCAAAGCCAUCCGCAAAAUAAUGGAUGAAUUCAAGGUGGACAUUCGCUUCCCGCAGAGUGGAGCCCCAGACCCCAACUGCGUCACCGUGACGGGGCUCCCAGAGAAUGUGGAAGAAGCUAUCGACCACAUCCUCAACCUAGAGGAGGAAUACCUGGCUGACGUGGUCGACAGUGAGGCCCUGCAGCUGUACAUGAAGCCGCCAGCCCACGAGGAGUCCAAAGCGCCAUCCAAGGGCUUUGUGGUCCGGGACGCUCCCUGGACCGCGAACAGCAGCGAGAAGGCCCCUGAUAUGAGCAGCUCUGAAGAAUUUCCCAGCUUUGGGGCUCAGGUGGCCCCCAAGACCCUCCCAUGGGGCCCCAAACGAUAAUGAUCAAAAAGCAGAAACCUCUCCAGCCUGCUGCCCCAAACCCCACCACACAUGGUUUGUUUCAAUCUGACCCAGCAGCUGGACCCUCCAUAAAUUGUUGACGCCUCCCCCUCCCCGAGGUCUCGCAGUGAAGCCGGGCGUGCCAGCACCCCGCGUGCGCUCAGGAUCUGCUCCCUGACACCUUUGCUCUGGGACGGCUCUCCACUGUUGUGAACACUAACAGAGGUAAUUGGACAUUUCCCUAUAAGCGUCCUGGCUCAUCCAGCAUGUCAGUAAGGCUCUGGCCUCCACUAUGAGAGCUGCACAGCUGUGGCUGAGUCUACUUCCUGUGUCAUGACCUCAGGAAAUAAAUUUCCUCGACUUUA